CGCCAUUACCAUCUUGCUCUCCAAGAAAAAGAGAGAGAAAUUGAGAGAGAGAGAGAGAGAAGAAGAAGAAGAAGGAGAAGGAGAAGGAGAAAUGGUGCUAUGGGAGAUCACAGUGGCCACGGCCUACUUCUUGGGCCUUCGCCGUACCUACCGUCUCGCUCUCCGUAUCCAACGCCGACUCGUUGGUCCCAAUCAUCCCCAGAUCCGCCAAUUUCUCCACAGGCGUGUCCGGGGAGUAUUUGAUGUGGCAGUAAAUGUUCACAAAACUGUACAACAAAGAGAUAUAGAAGUCGGCAGGAACUUGGGCAACUGGAUUCUCCGACAUCUAGAUCGCAUGAAGCCAACAGCCGAGAUACGUUCCUCCACAUGCAGGAUCCCUACAACCACCGCCACCACCACCACCAACAACAACAAAAGCAGCAUUCUCAAGCGGGUGACUAGUUUUCCCCUACGAUACCAAAAGCCGAUUUUCAAAACCACUGAAACAGAGACCAAAAGCCGGCUUCUUUUUACUCCGUUAAGCAUCCGCCCGAAAUCCUUCCCAUAUUUAACCUCAGUGAUGCAGCAGAUGCGAACUCCGGCCACGAACACUCAGCAAUUCCGGCUUGUUUCCAGCCAAUCAACUUCUGUUCCCAUUUCUAACACUAGAAUGAGCAGAUUUGGUUGUGUUUUUCGUCCAGACAUCUCUCAGUGGAUGAUGCUUGCUUAGUCCAUUUGUGUUUUUCAUUCUGUUGUUUGGUUUUAAAUUUUCUCAGGACUUCAUGAACAUCUUACUUCUCCUGUUAAUUUAUUGUACAUUACUUCCCACUUUUAACAUGAAUCUAUAAUUAAAGUUUGACAUCUUUUUUAUGAUUA